CACUCGACGAAGACUCCCCCACCUCCCUUAAUAAUCGGCGGUUUGAUGGCUUCGAAUCAAGCCAGCCUCCUCCUCCAGAAGCAGCUCCGAGAUCUUUGCAGGAACCCGGUGGAUGGGUUCUCCGCGGGGUUGGUGGACGAGACCAACGUGUUCGAGUGGAGCGUCUCCAUAAUUGGCCCUCCCGACACCCUGUAUGAAGGAGGUUUCUUUAGUGCCAUAAUGAGCUUUCCACCCAACUAUCCUGUCAGUCCCCCAACAGUGAGGUUUACCUCAGAGGUGUGGCAUCCAAACGUAUAUCCUGAUGGAAAAGUUUGCAUUUCAAUUCUCCAUCCACCUGGUGACGAUCCAAACGGAUACGAGCUGGCAAGCGAACGCUGGUCUCCUGUACACACAGUUGAGAGCAUAGUUUUGAGUAUCAUAUCGAUGCUUUCCAGUCCCAAUGACGAAUCUCCAGCAAAUGUUGAAGCUGCGGGAUGAGGGAUUUUCAAAUCCAAAGAUAUAAAAUUGGAAAUCUGGUCAUAAGUGGUAGGAGGAAGAUGUUGGCAGCUACAUUUUCUGAUUGUCGUAGUACCGGUAAAAUCCUGUAUCUUGUCUGAAUAGCUGGAGUUAUCCUCUUUGCUUUAAGUAAGAAUUGAAUAAUGUUUAUCGUAUAGAAACCUUUUCUCCCCCUAAAUGGAAGGUGCAUGUGUCCUGGUUAGCAAAGCCUCGGGUUUUGUGGCCCAAGUCUGUGAUAUACGGAUGGACUAGGUUGCUCUAUGUUCUGGUUGAGGCUUUGGUGAACAUAUUUUAAAGGCUUUUUGCUAGAUUUAAAUUUCUGUUUUUGAGGCUAAUAUGGUAGAUCUGGAAAUGCAUUUUUUAUGUUUGCGGGCAUGUGGUAGGCUCUACUUUGCAAUUAUUGGAAGUCUUAUUUUAGCAACCUUCUAAACUUGUACUGCAGAAAGAAUGGAGAGAUAAUAGGAAUGAAUUCA